AUGCCCGCCGCUGUUCGAAAUACCGUUGACCGGCUUGAUAAGCCGAGUGCAUAUUAUCAGAGCAGAAAGAAGAAACGCACGUAUGACCGUGAUGGAGAUGACAAAGACCAGGAGGCUGCAGAGGAAGAAAUGGAUGAUGAUCCCUUGAAGGAUGCAGCAACGCUAUACGUAGGGAACUUGUCCUUUUACACUACAGAGGAACAAAUUCAUGAGCUCUUUUCAAAAUGCGGAGAAAUCAAGCGUUUAAUUAUGGGAUUAGAUAGAUUCAACAAGACACCUUGUGGCUUCUGUUUCGUUGAAUACUACACCCAUCAAGAUGCCCUAGACUGUAUGAAAUAUAUCGGUGGCACAAAGCUUGACGAGCGCAUCAUAAGGACAGAUUUAGAUCCCGGAUUUCAAGAAGGUCGGCAGUACGGCAGAGGAAAAUCUGGAGGGCAAGUGCGUGAUGAGUAUCGAGAAGAGUAUGAUGAGGGUCGGGGAGGCCUAGGGCGUGCAAUUCAAGCCGAGAGGCUGAAGGAAGAAGAAGAGUACGGGAAAGGAAGAUAG